UUGACCAUUAUUAGUGUAGACCUCAAGGAUACAGUACACACAAUGGUGAGUAACACUUAAGGGAAAAUUAAUUAGGACCUGUAUUUCCUCUUAACGCUAUCAAAGAAACCCCUUCAAAUGUAAAAGAGUAACACGAAAAAAGCUGUGCAUCUCAGUUAACACGUUAUUAAUAAGGUUGGGAAACUCACCCUGUCCCAUGCCAUUAGCAAUAUCCCUUUUGUUUCUUCUAAAAAGAUCUUCUCUUUCUCUUUGACAGUACUUCCCAAGUUCAUGUCCAAACUUGGACUGAACAAUUUUUAUCCCAACAAGCUCUCUCUUCAGUCUCUCUUGGAAAUCAACAGAAAUAGCAUAUCUGAAGAAGCCACUGAAAAUGUAUCAGUGGAGGAAAUACCAUGGUGCUUUCUCAGAAAACUAUUCGAAAAAAAUGCUGAAUGCAGGACCUGUACACAAUCAUUUAACAAUUAUGAUGAUGAAGAUGAAGAUGAUGAUGAUUGGGUGAAGAUUGAUCUUUUUGGCUUGGAACUAAACACUUUAGAUGACUCUGAAGACAAUGGGGUUAACCCUCUGGACCUCAUAGUAGCACUCUUCCUCUGUGCUGACAGCUUCUUGCAACAGGAAAUGGCCCUCAAGAUGUCAAUGUGCCAGUUUUCUGUCCCACUGCUGUUGCCCCAUGGAAAUAAGAGUCAGAGUACGCUGAUGCUGUGGGCUCUGAGGGACAUUGUCAAAGAGUGGCGUCCACAUGAUCUGUCUGAAUCAAGAGGGUUUGUUGAAGACAAUAUUGCCCAAGCAGAUAUACCAUUCUAUUCCUUUGUGAGGCUGAAAAACUGUAGUUUAUCCAAGUCCCAGGUUUUGAAUCAUAUUCUCAGCCAUGGCCAGCAGAAUCAGAACAUGUUCAUACACAGAGAAAUGAAAGGAGGAGCACUUAAAAGAAACAUUGGCAGUGGGUUGGUUGAGGUUUGCUGGUACCUUCCUUCUGGCAGAGAAAAUCUUGACAUAUUUCCAGAGCCAGUUGCCUUUGCUAAUCUGAGAGGAGACAUUUGUGAAUCACUCACACAAUUCAGUUUUCUUUUUCAAGUGUCAACUGCUACCUUUGUAUUCAUGGACAAAGUUGAAGAAAAUGAACAUAAGAGUCUGACUUCUCUUCAAGAUGUGAAAUCAAAACUGUUCUUAGUUGUUAACUGCAAGGAGGGGAAUUUUAGUGAGGACAAGAAGUCUGUCAAUACAAUACAGAAAGCAUUAGAUUUACCAAAGACCAGUGUCAAAACCAAAGACUCAAGGUUGAAUGUAGCAGAGUUUUCAAACAAAAUUGUUGCAGCCAUCAAGAAAUCACUGACAGAUGUGACAACCAAAACCAGCAUUGAAAACAUGGUUGAGAAAGCUGUUGAACUUGGUCUCUCUGUGGACGAAAGCAAAACUGCAGAACAAAAGAAAGUAACUGAGGAGAUCAUGGACGGCAUUGGGGUGCGAAGUAUACCGCAGUACAAGAAACAACAACUUCCUUUGCAAGGAGAAAACUGGAAAAGGUUAUCACAGUUAGAGAAGGAAGAAUGUAGGAUGAAAGACGCUGGUGUCUCAGGGCUUGAAGAGUAUAAAUCUCAGCUUCAGGCAGAAAAACAAAAAAUUAGCGAAGAGCAAAGCAAAAAGAAACUCUCCAAAGGAAUGAAGAGUUUCAUUGAAGCCUUAUUCACAACUGACAAAGAGAAAAGAGAUUUUUUCCUUAAGUACAUGAAAUUCAAGUUUAACACACAUUCUCGGUACAAACUUGCUGUGCUGCGCAACAAAUUUAAAGAGCAAUGCAAGAAGAAAGAUGCAAAACUCACUGCAGAGUUGGAUCAGGCUUUAUUGGAUAGCUCUUAGGGAAUAGAGCAUUACAUGAGAGAGAUGGGACUGGUCUAUGAGUUUUCCUUGCAGUCAGAAGACAAAAUGUCUCAUCUUCCUGCUUUGGCUGCUGACAUGCUGUUGGAUGGAUAUCAUUUAGAGCUCUUGGAUGGAGAUGCUUCAAACAUCCCAGAGAGAUGGGUGACAGAUGUGCUAAUGGAGCUUCACAAGAAGGUUGGGGAGAAGAGCAGACUGUUGGUACUGACUGUGUUGGGUGUUCAAAGUAGUGGAAAGUCAACACUCCUCAACACCAUGUUUGGAGUGCAGUUUCCUGUCAGCAGUGGCAGGUGCACAAGAGGAGCUUUCAUGCUCUUCCUCAAAGUUGAAAAGGAUACACAAAGUGACUUGAACUUUGAUUUUAUCCUUCUCAUUGACACAGAGGGUCUAAAAUCUCCUGAUCUGGCACAACUAGGGGCCAGUUAUGAGCACGACAACCAGCUAGCAACCUUUGUCAUUGGCUUAAGUGACAUUACCAUAAUCAACAUUGCAAUGGAGAACUCAACAGAAAUGAAAGAUGUCCUACAAAUUGCAACUCAUGCAUUCCUGAGAAUGAAGAAAAUUGGCAAAAAGACAGUUUGUCAUUUUGUUCACCAGAAUGUUGCUGGAGUUUCUGCUCAUGCAAAGACCAUGACAGAAAGAAAACAUCUCUUGGACCAACUUAAUGAAAUGACACAAAUUGCAGCUGAAAUGGAAAAGCAGCCUUCUAUAAAGGCAUUCACAGAUGUGCUGGACUAUGACAUAGAAAAAAACAACUGGAACAUCCCAGGACUCUGGCAUGGGACCCCACCAAUGGCACCAGUGAACACAGGUUACAGUGAAGCUGUAGCAGAUCUCAAGAAAAAUCUUUUGGAGACGGUGAAAAGAGACAGAAGCGAUAAUGUUUCGCAGAUCCCAGAGUUUCUAGAAUGGAUGAGAAGUCUCUGGAAAGCAGUAAAAUAUGAGAACUUCAUCUUUAGUUUCAGAAAUACUCUUGUGGCUCAUGCGUAUGACAACCUUUGCAAAGAGUUCAGUCAAUGGGAAUGGGAGUUCAGAAAAGAGAUUCUUGCCUGGCAGACAAAAGCAGAGUUAGAAAUCUUAAAUGCUGACAAUGACUCUCAGGGAGAAACCUGGAACAUAUUGGUUGCAUCAAAAAAAUCAAAGGUGUCAGACAAAAUAACAGACCAACAAGCAAUAAUGAAGCAAAAACUUCAGGAUUACUACAAAAGAAAUAACAGACAUGUAAAUUUGAUAGAAAAAUAUAAGAAUGACUUUCUCAACAGUAUCAACAGUCUUGCAAAUGAAAUCAAACAUUCUGCCUGCACUAAAUUGGACUGUAUCCUCGAGAUAAAAAUAGGUUCAAAAAAGGCUCAGGAGAUACAGAGCCAAUACAGAGGUGAGAUUGAAGAGCGGGUGAUGAAGCUCCUGACUGACUGCAAAGACUCCACACUGUCAGAUGAACAGCUGAAACAAGAGUUUGAAAAGAUGUGGCUUAAAGCAACUGAAAAUGUACCUGGCCUGAAAGAACGGGAUAUACCUGCAUGCAUUCUCAACCAACUGAGAAAAAAUUUCUCAAAUCGGAAUGUAAAUGACAAAAUUCAAAACACUGACGAAUUAAAGCAAAUUUGGAAGGAUCAGUUCAAGACAAGAAGUGAUCAUAUAGACUCCUUUAAGAAGAGGAUUCAAUAUAUGUGGGACCGAGAUUUACAGAACUUUGCAGACAGUGUCAUUGAGAUUUCCAUACAGUUUGUUCUUGAUAAAGCAAAAACAAAUGGAGAUUACCAUGAAUCCUUCACAAGGGAUCUUCUUGAAAAAAUAGAUGAAUACCUUAAACAGAGCUACGUGCGCUACCAAACAAAUACACAGUUUGAGAUUGAUCUGAAACUUCACAUUUGUGGCAUUGCCUCAAGGGAAUUCCUUAAAAUGCACCAACAUUUUUUGUCAGACAUUGAUCCUCGAAUUCAACUAGAGAAGUGCAAGCCUCAGUACUUGUCAGACUUUAUCGAUUUAUACAAACAGAGAGAUCAUUGCCAACGCAAAGCAACUGAUUUUGUCAGAUUCUGUAUCAAACCUGCUGUUGAAGAGUACAUCAGUAGAUCUCUGGGAGUAGACAUUGUGGAUGAAAUUCUGACCAGUUGCCAUUCAGCAGAGUACAGUUCCCGCUCCUUUUUCCAGUACAACAUUCAGGAAGAGUUGCUGCAAAAGGAAGACUUUGACAGAUUUUUCAAGUACAUUUCUAAGUACGAAAUAUAUGUCAAGGAUUGGAUAUUUCAGCACAUCCUGCAAAACAUGCCAGAGGACACAACUUGGUGCAAACUGAAGAACAAGAAUCUGGAGGUCAUCGUUCACAAAAUAACAGAAGCAAUAGAACGGGCCUCAAAAGGAGAGGACGGUGUUCUGCUGCCAGAUAACAAGGAAAGUAUCACAGAGCUCAUCAACAACAUGCACAAAUAUUUGAACAAAGACAUCUCAAUUUCAGUGGAGGCUGAAAAAACCACCCUGUUUCAAAUCCAAAGCACCCUCCAUCCAUUUACAAAGAGCCUCAUUAAAUCAUUGAGUGGACUGAAAGAACAGCUACAGGACGAAUUCUCAAACUCUGAAGACAUCACUGAGACUCUGAACAAACUUCCAAUCAAACCACAAGAUGAGCUUUUCAAGAGGGUGUUUGGCUGUGGACAUCAGUGUCCAUUUUGUAAAGUUCCUUGUGAGGCUGGAGGCAAAGAACACAAGACACAUCACGCAGCCAUUCAUCGGCCACAAGGUCUUAGAGGGGUUAUGUACAUAAAAACUCAGAAGCUCAAUGAAACACUGUGUACAACUCAGGUGCACACUGAACGUAAAUUCAAUAAUGCAGACACUAAAGGGGAGUGGCAUCCUUACAAGGAGUACACCACGUACUAUCCAGACUGGAACAUUCCUCCUGACCCCACCAUAGAGGCAUCUGACUACUGGAAGUAUGUCCUGGUACAAUACAAUGACAGAUUUGCUCAAGAAUACAAAGCCAAUCCAGCUGAUGUUCCAGAGGCCUGGAGGAGAAUCACAAAGGAACAAGCACUGAAAGGAUUAAAAGAUGCCUUUAACAUAAAGUGAACAAUGUACAAUCCUUCAAGAAAGCAUCAGAACACAAUUUUAAAUAUGCAGUUUUUACAUAAUGACGGCUGUUUAUGACAAUGAUGAAGACAAUUAUGACAUACUAGAAAGGUAAUUUUUAAAAAGAGAUUUUUUUCUCUUUAUUUUUUUUGUUUUGUUUUGUUUGUGAUAAUUAGAAUUGUUUUUCGUUUUUUCAAGUUGCUAGCAUAUAGCAGGUAUAUAUGAUUAGUGUGCACAAUCAUGAUGCUGAAAUAAUAUGUACCUCAAAAACAGCAUGAAAAGAGAUGUUUUUGCUUUUUGAUUACAACUCUCUCUUUUAUUUUUUCUUUGUUCAUGUAUAUAUGGCUAUAAAGACCAAGUGGGAAAAAAAGAGAUGUUUUAUAAUGUCAGCAAUAUCUAGCUGUUUUUUGCAAAAUCAAAGGAUCAUGACUUGCUUUGUUUUUUUUUUUCACCAAUUAUUCUAAGUUGAACAUACAACAAAGAAUCAAUUAUGCAACUUCUUCUUCUUUCAUCCAUUUUAAUUACGAUUUUUUAUUAAACAUAUUAACUAAUGUACCUUCUUUGUACACAGACCAUGUGAUGAGAUUAUGGUUUGUAUUAUGUGUCACUGUUUUCAUUUAUAUAGUUUUAUUUCUCAGCAUUUCUUGCAAAGUCUUACUGAUGUUUGCUUGGAGAGUAAAUAGAUCAGCACUAGCUGAAAUGUAUAUGUGUAGAUGCCAGUUUUUUUUUUCAUGAAUAAAAACAGAUGAACACAGAAUUAAUGUUGUUAAUGAUUGAGAAGUUCAAGAGAACAGAGAAGUUAAAACGAGUAAAAACAGACCUCUGACCUAAAACAUGUUCUAAUUGUUUUUUUAAUAAUCUUUUUUGUUUUGUUUUUUGAGGAUUUCAGAGUUCAUACACAGCUCUGUCCAUAAUAACUAGAGAUAAUGAUGCUGUUGAAGUACAACAGCCAUGUGAAACAGGUGUUUAACUAUGUCAUCAAUCUUCUUCAGUAUUUUUGAUAUUUUAUUUCAUAUAGUUACAUACAAAACAUUUGUAUAUUUUGAUGUGUAUUUGAUAAAAGUAAGUAAAUAAGGAAAUGUUUAUGUUGAUGUAACUGACUUUGUUGCUGAUGUGUAAAUAUGAUCUAAACAAGCCAACAGCAGGUGAUACAGUGGCAUCCUUUUAUCUGAACUGUGAUUAUGUUGAGUAUUUCUUUUCAGACAGCUGAUGAGUAAAACAAGCUACUGUACCAGGAAGUCAAAAAGAUGGAAUAUAUGUCCUAUAUUUUAACAUUUUCUGAACUCAUUUUAGUUGACUACAAAUGUUUCUUUUUUCUUUUUUUUCAUGUUGACAAACAGUAAAGUUCUGUGUAUAAUGCAGUAAUCAUGACGAUACAUGUGCAAAGAUCAUGUCAAAAAGGUUUUGAAAUAAAUAUAAAAAUAGCUUGAAGUCACAACUGUCAAUUUCAAAUUUGAUAUGUUUUUCAUUUUUCAUGCUGUAACCAGAGGCAUUGCACUACUGUCAGUAGUGCCUUUAUCACCAUUGGGAAUUGCAUCAUGGGAUAUGUGUUAUUACAAAACAGUUAGUUUGCAUUGUAUACAAUUAUAACUGAUUCACAGAAAUAUAUAUUUAGGAAUCUCUCUAAUUGAGUUUUCUGCCACCACAAAAAUACAAUAAAUGGAGAUUAAUGGAAUUUCAAUUUAAAUAAAAGGUUUGGAAAUUACUAUACUAAUAAAGGUAAUCCCAGAAAUGUACUCAGGACUAUCGACAGUAGAACUGCUUUCUACUACCCUAAUAUAGACCAGUUUUAUAUUUUUUCUGUAGAUUAUCCAUACUAACUUUUUGGAAAGAUGUUGAUCUGAGGACCUUCUUUGACACUGUUGUGGCAUCAGCCAUUUU